AUGGACAGACGGCUGUGUGACUCUCGCGGUGCGGAGAUAAAUGGCCCUGGAAGUGGUAAAGAACCCGAUGGACCACGAACGGAGGUGGCGCUGCCCUGUUCCGCGUCACCCUCUUCAGAUUUAUGCUCGUGUCCUGGGCUACCUGAGUCGCAAACUUGCUUAGCUGAGGUGAAUGAUUAUCAAUCAUAUUUCAAGAUGCAAAGGGCGAAUGCAGCUCUGAUCAGGACCAUUGUGUCUGUCCAACAACCGAAUAUUUUGACAGUUUAUAAGGGCUCAAUCAGAACUACGAAGGGUUAUCGGCAGGUUAAUCAAGCGUUUGGUCUAAUUGGCUAUAUUAAAUUCGAUUUGCUAAAUGGUGAAAGAGCAGGAAGACAUAUCCCUGACCCGAAGGUACUAACAUUGGGUAUCCAUUGCAGGUUGUUCGGCUCGACGGGAGCUUGUUCAGGCUGCGGGCAGACUAUCCCCGCCUCAGAGUUCGUGAUGAGGGCAGCCCCACACCACGUAUUCCACCUCAAGUGCUUUGCCUGCUCCAAGUGCGGAUCCCAGCUUGUACCAGGCGACAGGUACUACAUGGCCGGCGGCAGCCUAGUUUGCGAACAGGACUGGCAUAAGCUUGUCAAAUCACCGGCCCCCCAAGCACCGCCCGUCAGGAAGGGAAAGGUCGGGAGGCCUCGGCGGAGCAGGGACUGA